UAAAUACCCAAUAGGCCAACAAUUCAAACCUACACACCCUCUUCUUCUGCAACUGGUCAAAUCCCCAAUUGGAGCUCCGCAGUGGAAAAAUGGCGAGCUAUAUGUGGAGGAAAUACGCAGACUAUGUCUACACAAAAUGGGAAAGAAUGAUUCUUUGGAACAUGGUCGAGCCCUACACCAGACCCAAAUCGUUUACACCUCUAGUCACUAUCUACGUCGCUGCUUUCUACACCGGAGUCGUCGGCGCUGCCAUCACUGAACAGCUCUACAAGGAAAAGUACUGGGAAGAUCAUCCUGGCCAUCAGGUGCCUCUAAUGAAGCCAAAAUUUUAUGGAGGACCUUGGAAGGUAGAGAGAGGAGAGGUUCCAGCCUCUCUCCCACCCCCGUAGACAAGUUUGGGAAAUUGCUUAGGAGAUUCUAGUAUCCUUUGCAAUCUUCUGUUUAUUGUAUGUCAAGGGCUUGUUGUGCCAAGAAGAAAAGUAAAUGAGAAAACAAUAUGAUUUUGUAC